AUGGCAACCACAUCAGAAGACCUUGUUGCUGCUGCAAAACAGCUUGCAGCUUUAACCGCUGUUCAGGAACACUACCCUAAAUUACCACCAAAAUAUGUCGGUAUUGGCUCCGGCAGUACUAUAGUCCAUGUUGUGGCAUCGAUAGCGAACCUUGAGCCGUCUCUCAUUUCGUCCACGAAGUUCAUUCCAACAGGCUUCCAAUCCAAGCAAUUGUUACUACAACACGGUCUUGAAGUGCUCGAUAUCGACCUUCUACCGGCCGGUCAGGCCAUUUCUGUCGCAUUUGAUGGUGCAGACGAAGUUGAUGCGCAACUAAAUUGCAUCAAAGGCGGCGGCGCAUGUCUUUUCCAAGAAAAAAUUGUCGCUGUACAAGCGGAGAAAUUUGUUGUCGUUGCAGAUUUCAGAAAGAUAUCGAAGACAUUAUUAACACCAACAACAUGGGCAUCGGGAAUUCCGAUCGAAGUUGUACCAUCGUCAUAUCCAUAUGUCACUGCAAAAUUAACGACCUUGGGGGCUACAAAAGUUGUUCUCAGACCUGGUGGAAAGGCGAAGGCUGGGCCUUGUGUUACGGAUAACGGCAACUUCUUAUUGGAUGCAGUUUUCCCCACAUUACCGGAAGGAGAAGACGUGGUUCAGGACUUAGCUGAGGCGAUAAAGGGAAUCGUGGGAGUGGUGGAACAUGGAUUAUUCUAUGGAGGCUCCCGGGGUUGGAAAGGAAGGCCGGAGGUCGCAUAUUUUGGGAUGGCAGAUGGUACCGUGAAUACCCUAGUGAAGCAAUAA